AUGGCGGAGUCCCAUGUUGCCAAAGAGCAGCAGCUUGCGCCGCAUGUGACGGCGACCAAUGCCAGCAGCACGUCGACUAUGGAGGACAUUCGCAAGAGGUACCGCAUUGGCAAGAAGAUUGGUACAGGUCGGUUCGGAACGGUCCACGAGGCGGUUGAUAGGCAGACAGGUGUCCACGUGGCAGUGAAGACGAUCCCUAAGGACAAAUACAAAUGCGCCGCGAUGUCGCUCUUCCGCAAGAAGGACAAGGCGGAGGAGGAAUCCACUCUCCGCCUGCUCCGCGGAGAGGCGGAAAUUAGCCAGGCGAUCGGCGGAAAGCACGGGAAAGGGCAGGCGCAAGGGCAGGCGGAAGGGCGGUCGAAUGUGGUGGAGGUGUUAUCUGUGAUAGAGGGGCGGCGCCACAUGUACAUAGUCAUGGAGCUCUGCCGCGGCGGCUCGCUCGCUAGUUACCUCGAGAAGCGGCGGCGCGGCGAGGUAACGGGCCUCGCACCUGCUGUCCCGACCGCUAUCGAAUCGUCUGCCGCGGAUCGCGGCUACGCGGGGUACGCAGGAGGGAAGCAGAUGGCGCACGAGCAGGGUGCAGAGUCGGAAGGGGAGGCGGAAGUGGAGUCUUUCGCCCACCGCCUCCGCCAAUUCAGCUCCGACGAUCUCUCCGCAUCCUCUUCCGCGUCUGACGCGGGACGGGAGAGCGAUGACGAUCACGACGCAGUGACCGCGGCGAGCCGACGCGAGGCCGCAAACCACGGGAUCUCCCCCGCUACAUUCGCCGCUACCGUGGGUUAUUCCGCCCUGGCCUUCCUCGAACGCGGCGCGUACGGCGCGGCGCGACGACAGCAGCAGGAAAGGGAGGACGAGGCGGCGUGGAUGGCUUACGAAAUCGCGACCGCAGUGGCAUACCUACACUCGCAGGGCAUCAUCCAUCGCGACAUCAAACCCGAGAACGUGCUCAUCUCGCUGCCGCCCGUUUCCUCUUCCGCCGCUACAGCUGCUACAGCCGCUACAGUUUCUACAGUCGCCAGCGCCGCUACAGAUGCGCGCGAUCAUCGCAUUUCCCAGCGCCACUCCCGGCACCGAGCCAGCUUGAGCAGAGACGGCGGGGUUUCACUGAAGAAGCGCGUGGCGCUCGUUAGUGUCACGAGCACGCUGCAGCGGUCCACAUCGCGCCGCGACACGAGGGCGCUUUUGAGAAACAUCCGGCGGGUGGCGCUGCCAAUGGGAACGGCGGCAUGGAUGGGUGUGUCGAGUGAAGGGAAGGAGGUGGUGAGACAGCUGCUGGCAGCCAAGCCCAGUGACAGGCCGUCUGCUAGGGAGGUGAUGGCGAUGCCGUGGGUGGUGGAAGGGCGGAACAGGUGGCUGCAGAGGCACUAUGGGCAAGAAGCGAUAUGGGGUGGGGAGUGCUGA